AUCACCUUUACGUUCACACUCGAAGUUCCAGCCUAUAAAACGCCUGCCUGCCACUAUGACUUUGCCUCAUUCCCUUUCACAAACACCAUCAUGUUUACUUCCCGUCACAUCAUAUUUGCGCUGCUCAGCUUCCUCGCUAGCGCCAAUGCGUGCAUACAGUGCCCAGCCUCAUUAAGGGUCAAUAAUCAUGACACAGACCUAAUCAAAACCACCCCAGGCGAUAAGACAGUGUGCCUUUAUGGUGGUGCGGAAAGCGACGGCUCAGCAAUUACCUGUCGGUAUAGCAAUAUCGGCUUAUUGAUUCAUGGGAAUAAGGCUUGUCCGCUUGAAGUGGAUGAGAAGGAACACUGCUGAACGUGAUGUGAAGAGGUGGGGGAGAUGAGACACCCAACAGGAGGAGUGAUGUUCGUCUACAGAUAGCCGGGUGUACGCCAGUACUUAGACACAUCUACUACGAGAAUUGCCAAAUAGUCUUG